AUGUCGCGACCUUUCCCUUAUACCUUUAUUUCCUGCCCCUGUGCGGAUACCCCGGUCCCUGACCCGGCCAGGAAGCGAAGAUCGAGAGAGUCGCCGCAAAAACAAUCGCCGCAGAAACCAGCACCUCAGCAAUUAAGCACCUCAGGAGAGGGAAAGAAAGACACUGCAAAAAGCGAACAAGAUGAAGAAGAAGAGGAUGAAGAACAAACCUUUGACCCGCGGUGUUCGCGGUCAAACUUCUCUUUGUAUCCCCCCGAACAGCUUCUCUACUGCGAGGAGUGCCAUGAGAUUAAGUGCCCCCGAUGCAUUACCGAAGAAAUUGUGAGCUGGUAUUGCCCAAGCUGCUUAUUUGAAACGCCUAGCACUAUGGUGCGAGGUGAUGGUAAUCGGUGUGGUCGAAACUGCUUUAAUUGCCCUAUUUGCACAGCUCCGCUGGCCGUAAGUACAAUUGAGAAUGCAGCAGGCAAUGGAACCCAGCAAGGUCCGUGGGUGCUAUCUUGUGGAUAUUGUCUUUGGACAACGCUAGACAUCGGCAUCAAAUUCGAUAAGCCAACAAACAUCCGCAGUCAGCUGCAGAAAAUGACUGACGCCACCCCUCCGGCUGCAUUUGAUCGGUCAAGACAAGCUUCUCGUACUUUCGGGGAUCUCAAGCACCCACUGUCUAGCUUCGCCUCGGUCGAUGAGCAAGCAAACGCGCGUGAGCGUGAUGCAGAGCAGUCUGCACCGAAAGAAGAUCCAGAAGCACCUCCGAUGGUCAUGGAUGCUCGAUUCGCGGCACUGAAAAACUUCUACCGAGCACAGAUUGCCGAGACAUCUAACUCACCCAACGAUCCCCUUAGUUCGGAGUUUGGCUUCUCUUCACCUGGCGCCUUGAACCGACUGAUGUCCUUGUAUACAUCAUCAUCGCGACUUAGCGGAUUGUAUGGCGGCAACAAGAAACCUAAAUCCAAGCCACCUGUCAUGCGUGAAGCCCUAACGGCAAGCGAGGGCCUCCAAAUUGCGCCAGAAAACGGCGAAACAGACCUCAUUGCACGGCUCAUAUCCCCAGACUGCGGUUGGGACGGAGUGGCAUCGAUAGAUCAACGUGCGACCCAAUCACCAGACGCACGCUUCGUCGAUGACCUCCUCCCCCUCCCAGUCCUCCUUCGCACCAAGCGAGCAAAACGCUGCAAGUCAUGCAAGCACAUCCUGGUGAAACCAGAGUCCAAGCCGCAGUCGACCCGCUUCCGCAUUCGACUCAUCGCCCUCAGCUACAUCCCCCUACCAACCCUUCGCCCCCUGGCCCUCUCGUCGUCGUCUGUCCUGCCCGCCAUGGCCCCAACCCCAGAUCUGGACUCUCUCCCUCCCCUCCGCCCCAUUCACGUUCUCCUCACGCUGAAAAACCACAUGUUUGAUCCCGUCCGCAUAACCCUCGCAACGCCCCCCGUGACUCCAGGCUCCGUGGCUACAAAGGUCACUGUGCUAUCUCCUCAAUUCGAGAUUGGCGCUAAUAGCGAUGUCUGGGACGAGGCGUUGCAGGGUGCGUCCGCGCCUUUGACUGGGGACUCAACGUCCAUCGGUCUCCGCGGUGUACCAGAGGCAGGCAAGGUGUGGGACAAGGGUCGCAAUUGGACAACUGUUGUAUUGGAGGUUGUCCCAGGUACUUUGCCUGGGACCAGUGCUGAAGGCGGAGAUGGGAAACCCGAAACCACUGAUGAAGGUGUACUGGCGGUUGCGGCUUCUAAGAAGGAUGAAGAUGUUCUUGAGAUCCCAGUCUUUGUGCACAUGGAUUGGGAUGCAGAUGCACAAAUUGACCAACAGAACGUUGGGAAGGGGUCUAAGCUUGAUGAUAAGGUGACGAGAGAGUUGGCUUAUUGGAUGGUGCUUGGUGUGGGGAGAAUUCAAGCUUCGUUGUAG